AUGGAUAACGACGUUGUAGCUCAGUUCACUGAAAUCACCGGCUCCACGCCGGAGCUGGCUAUACAAUAUCUGCAGAUCACAGAGUUUCAGAUUGAGCAAGCCAUGCAGCUUUACUUUGAAAAUGGAGGCGCAUCCUUGACUGGCGAACCUUCUCAACCUUCCCGCCAGUCUGGCAUCCCAGCCGAUUCCGAUGUGGUGAAUAUUGACUCGGACACUGAUGAUGAUACCCCACAACGCUCUACCCGCCCAACAUUCGAUGAUGACGAAGCUAUGGCUCGACGCCUCCAGGAGGAAAUGUAUGGUGGUCCUGGAGGUCCAGUGAAUGAGGAUGAAGUGAGAGCGCCGAUGGCGCGGACAACUGAGACUUUGGUGGGGCCAGGUGCCGACUUUGACAGUGGUGAAGAUAUGCAUGCCGAUAUCCUCAGUCAACUGAGAGCUCGUCAAAGAGGAGGCCGACCCGGAAUCUUCAACCAACGAGAGUCAUCUUCCAUAUGGACGGGUGGCGAUGAAACUCGUCGCGAAGAACUGUCUGCCGCGACCGGGGGUGCAUCGGAGGCGUCCUCCAAGUCCAAUAUGCUCGCCGAGAUGUACCGCCCUCCCUUCGAGAUCAUGUCACGAUUGCCGUGGGAUGUAGCGCGCGAUGAGGGAAAAGAAACCGAAAAAUGGCUGCUGGUCAAUAUCCAAGAUGCCUCAAUUUUCGAUUGCCAGGUGCUCAACCGCGAUUUGUGGAAAGACAGCGGAGUGCAAGAAACUGUCAAGGAACAUUUCAUUUUCCUACAAUACUCAAAGGAUGACCCUCGCGCGUCUUCCUAUCUCCAAUACUACUUCCAGGGAAGCGACGUCUCCGAUAAUUACCCCCACAUUGCUAUCGUCGACCCUCGAACUGGUGAACAAAUGAAGAUCUGGUCUGGACCGCCUCUGAUCAAAGCCGCCGAUUUUCUCAUGCAACUUCACGAGUUCCUCGAUCGCUAUAGUUUGAACCAUAAUGUGCGCAACCCUGUCGCCAAACGGAAAUCUGACAAGAAAGACAAAAACAUUGAUGCGAUGACCGAGGAAGAGAUGAUGGAGAUGGCAAUGAGAAACAGUCUCGGCGGUGCGGCUGAAACUAGUCAGACUGUCGAAGACCCUGAUGAUUUGACCCGCAGCGCAGAGAAUAUCAAGGGCAAGGGCCGAGCGACUGAGGAGGAAGAUGUCAGCAUGGAAGAACCCGAGCCAGCCGCCGAAGCCUCUCCAUUCGCGUCCAUUCCAAGCAACCAACCACACACUGAACCAGCUGCGGACCCGGCCACAACUACGCGCAUCCAGUUCCGACACCCAUCUGGCCGAGUCAUCCGGCGCUUCGCGCUGUCAGACCCUGUCCAGAGAAUUUAUGAAUGGCUCAAGGCCGAUCCUCCCUUGGAAGACAAGGCUGGUGUGGAGUUUGACCUGAACAGCAUGGGACGCAAUCUCAUUGAUCAAAUCAACACCAGCAUUGCGGAUGCAGGACUAAAGAACGGCACAGUGAUGAUUGGAUACCUGGAAGCGUAA